UUUUUUUUUUUUUUAACAAAAAUAUAUUCAGAUCACAGCAGACGGGGGUAGUUUGUUUGCCUCGGGAACAGUAAAUGUAAAUCGAAGCUAAAGAUUUCCCAGGCAGUGUGAACUUUUCAUUCUGCUGUGAUUAAAAGGCGACCGCCUUAGAGCUUUUGAGAUUGCGAUAAUAUUGCACACCAGAAAUCCCAGGCCACUGGACUGCUGUAGAGACUAUGAGUACAAACUAGAAUAUUUAAGGGUAUUUCACGUGUUGGCCAUUUCCAGUGGUCUGGAAAGCAGCUAGCUGACCAGAUGAGUUCUUACUUUGUAAAUCCCUUUUAUUCCAAGUACAAGUCUGGGGAAACGUUAGGUCCGACGUACUACGACUAUCCUUUCGCACAAGAUGUAAACAGUAGGCACGCGGUGGUGUACAGCAGCGGAGCGAGCUUCCAACAUCCUUCUUCUCAGGUUCAAGAGUUUUACCAUCCCGGGGCCUCGACGAUACCGAAUGCAACAUACCAGCAGAAUCCGUGUGGGAUCGCGUGUCACGGUGACCCCUCGAAGUUUUACGGAUACGAUAACUUACAGAGGCAGCAGCUUUUUACGACACAGCACGAGGCCGAGCUGGUACAAUAUCCUGACUGUAAAUCGUCUAGCGGUCAUACUGGCGAAGAACCAGAUCAUUUAAAUCAGAACCCUUCGCCUUCUCAGAUGUUUCCCUGGAUGAGACCUCAAGCUCCGGGCAGACGAAGAGGCCGACAAACGUACAGUCGAUUCCAAACUUUGGAGCUCGAGAAGGAAUUUCUGUUUAACCCCUAUCUCACCAGAAAGCGAAGGAUCGAGGUAUCGCACGUACUAGGUCUCACCGAGAGGCAGGUAAAAAUCUGGUUUCAGAACCGAAGAAUGAAGUGGAAAAAGGAGAACAACAAAGAUAAAUUUCCCUCUGCGCAGGCAGACGAAGGAGACGGAGUGAAAACUGAGAGGGACGGCUUCGAGCAACGCGAACAGGGGCAGGAGACAGACUGACUUUAUUCAGCUAUACCUUCUUUUAAAAUUGGUUAUCGGGUCACAGACAUGCACUUGAAUUUCUCAUUAAAAUGUAUUGUGCCUUAAAUGAAGCCACGAGUAGGCCGUCCUUACAAAUUUCAUGGGUUGAAUAAAUAUACCGAAGACCGAAGUGGUAUGUGGUGUAUUCCAAGUAUAACGUGUAUGCCUUAAGCCUUAAUAUAUAUUGAAAGAAAAAAAAAAGAAAAUUAUUGAAAUAACUUGAACCAAAAACACAAUCCUCCGAAUGAACCCUGAGGACAGAAUGUAUUUAUUUAUAGUUCACAAUUGAAAUUACUUUAUUUGGAAACAGUGUCGUGCUUAGACUCUAAAGAAGUGAAAAAAAUCCCAAACUGUAAAACCGUUAAUUAUGUUCUUUCAUUGAUGUAUAUGUAUAUUUCUAUAUAAUAUAAUGCGAUUAAACCUAAAUUUCAUGUUAUUUUCACAAAGUGCCAACAUAUUCGAAAUUUCAUUUGUAUGAAUAACAAAAGACGCUGUGCAAAGCAGAUAUAAGGGGAAAAAAAUCAAAUAUAAAUUCAGUGUUUUCUAGAAAAAAUAUAUUCAAAAUUAAAUGAUUUUUCCUUCUGUA